AUGUCUCUUCACGAAAAGAUCGCCAAUGAGAUCGCCAAUGAGGCCGCCCACCAUCGAUCGACCUUGGAUCUUGAUGCCUUCAUGAAAGAUAGCAUGCGUGGCCUAGCUUCAAUACGAUCGCACAACAAGGAUGCUCAAGCAAAGACACGCGAGAAGAAAGUGACAUGCUCGAACCCGACUUGCGAUCGCGAAGAGAGCCCAUCUGGAGCUCUUCGGGCGUGUUCGCAGUGCCAUGCAGCACGUUAUUGCUCCUCUGAAUGUCAGAAGGCCGACUGGAAAGCACACAAGAAGUCGUGCCUAUCCUUCGAGCGUCUGCCGAUCUGUCGCGACUUCGAUCCUACCCUAAUACACCCUGGUUGCAAGUUCUCUACGUCACCGAUCUUCGCAAAGGGCCACAAAGAUGGUGUAGGGUAUUGGGUGGCGCCUGGAGGGAUGAUCAAUUGCCAGUUGGCUAAGUCACCGGGCUUGGAAGAUCUUAUGGGGGAAAGCCGCACCAAUGGCGAGCCUGCUUCUAGGUUCGACCCCGACUUUACGCGCAAGAUACAGGAGUUCAUGCCAGGACCGCGCUACUUUCUCGGUGUACGUGUACUCGUACAGAACAGGAUGAAGGAGCCGAUAUGUGUCUUCGGAGACGAAAUCACUGCGGCCAUCAACCACACGCAGAUCCAAGAGUUCUACGAUGGUGCUUGGGACGAGGGCGAAUGUGAAAUAGACAUCGAGAGGGUUGUCGAUUCGCAAACAGUAUCAGGUACUCCAACUCCCGGGCAACGACCGUGUCACUACAAACUGGCGUACUUCAAUGGCAAACGAGUUGAUCAGAAGAAGAAACAUGACGCUCUACGCAACGAGAAGAGAUGUAUAGUCUUUCUGAAACCCACCGAGCACGCAUGCUUCCACCUCCAGUACCGCCUCGGCAGCAUCGACCGCACGCUCGACUUUGAAGCAUGGGAUCUGAUCAACAACAUCUCCGUCUUCUUCACCACGGCUCUUGCCGUAAUGCUGUCUAAUAAUGUACAGAUGAGAAACAUAUGCGCACCGAUAGAUCGUAACGAAAUUGACCGGUGGUACGCGGACUACAAAGCCGGAGGCGAGCUGGCCCACAUCGCGAGCCACCACGGCGAUAAACGCGCGAAGAUGCAACGCGCGCUACGCGCGGCGCAGGCAGACGAUCCCGUCUUGCGGUAUAUGGACAGGACACUGCGGGAGCGGUUUGCCAGUAGCCAGCCGAUGGCAGAGCAGAUCGCCGAGCUCAGGGACUCUCUGGAUAGCUCUGGCUUGCCGCCUGAUGUUGUGGAACGUAUUAAGGCGUCUGUGCGUCCGCGCGCCAGAGCUGGUGAUUGA